UCAUCAAAUACAAUCAUUUUCAUAACAAGCUGCUGUGGAGGCAAAACCUUUUUGUUCUUUGCAAUAAAUCUUUUGUUCUUUUAUUCAGAGCUCUGAAGGUACAGGUGACACAGAGUGCAAAGCAGUCUAUGUGUCAAGUCAAACUGGAAGGAGCUGAAAACUCAAAGGAGAAGCAUUUACGCACAGGUCCUACACUCAGCUGGGGCGGAAACAAUCUGCGGCUGCAGGUUUGCCACCGGCGGCAAAAAAGGGGACACACACAGCACUGAGGAGGAACUGAGAAUGAAUGACCGCGUUCAAACAAAGUGGCCAUGAGUUUCUGUUGGGAAAGCAUCAAGAUCUGCGGCAAACUGUGCAGGAUUGCCUUCAUCUCCAAAAUCCGGGUUGCAGUCGGUGAUUGGCAGGAGGAGGAGAGUCUGACGGAGGAGCAGAGGAAUGUUGGCAGCCAUUUAGUCUGAGCUCAACAACGGAGGAAACAUGGAUUCUUCACAGAAAAAAUGUAAACACAACGAUGGAGUGGGAUGUUGGACCUCUGAGGAGGAUAAGGAUGGUUCAGCAACAACAGCAAAAAGAGAUGAAUCACUCAGUUGUGAGCAAUGUGGCAAGACUUUUAUCACAGCAACAAAGCUAAGAAUUCACAAACGUAUUCACACUGUGGAGAAACCAUUCGGCUGUGAUCAGUGUGGAAAGGCUUUUACUCACAAGAGUGAUCUAGCAAAACAUCAACUUAUUCACAGUGGAGUUAAACCAUUCAGCUGUGAUCAGUGUGGAAAGGCUUUUACUACCAAGAGUCACUUAAAAAGACAUCAACUCAUUCACAGUGGCGUUAAACCAUUCAGCUGUGAUCAGUGUGGAAAGGCUUUUACUGACAAGAGUGCGUUAAGAAGUCAUCAACUCAUUCACAGUGGAGUUAAACCAUUCGGCUGUGAUCAGUGUGGAAAGGCUUUUACUCGGCAGAGUAGUCUCGCAAAACAUCAACUCAUUCACAGUGGAGUGAAAUUGUUCGGUUGUGAUCAGUGUGGAAAGGCUUUUACUCAGAAGGGUAAUCUAGCAAGUCAUCAACUCAUUCACAGUGGAGUUAAACCAUUCAGCUGUGAUCAGUGUGGAAAGGCUUUUACUAACAAGGGUAAUCUAACAAGUCAUCAAUUCCUUCACAAUGGAGUGAAAUUGUUUGGCUGUGAUCACUGUGGAAAGGCUUUUUCUCUGAAGAGUACGUUGAGACAUCAUCAAAUCAUGCACAGUAGAUUUAAACCAUUCAGCUGUGAUCAGUGUGGAAAGGCUUUUACUGACAAGAGUGCGUUAAGAAGUCAUCAGCUCAUUCACAGUGGCGUUAAACCAUUCAGCUGUGAUCAGUGUGGAAAGGCUUUUACUCAGAAGGGUAAUCUAGCAAGUCAUCAACUCAUUCACGGUGAAGUUAAACCAUUCAGCUGUGAUCAAUGUGGAAAGGCUUUUACUCAUAAGAGUCACUUAAAAAGUCAUCAGCUCAUUCACAGUAGAGUUAAACCAUUCAGCUGUGAUCAGUGUGUGAAAACCUUUACUCAACAUGAACAGUUGUUGAUCCAUCAAUGCCUCCGUUCUGGUAAAAAGCGGUACCACUGUGACUCCUGUGAAAAAACUUUCAACGACCAACAGAGCUUAAAAUGUCACCAACGCAUCCACACUGGACAUGAUGUGUACGUAUGUGAUCACUGUGGUGAACCAUUUGUACGGUACUCAGAGUUAAAAGCUCAUGAAGUGACCCACACUGGGGUUAAACCAUACCUUUGUGACCAGUGUGGGAAACGCUACAGCUCCACUGCAUACCUCAAAGUUCACCAACGUGUCCACACUGGGGAGACACCAUACAGAUGUGACGAGUGUAAGAAGACUUUUACAACUUUGGGUUCCCUGAAACAACACCAGCAGAUCCACACCAGAAAGAAAGCAUUCAAUCAGUGUCACAGUGAGCAGAACGGAACAGAUGGACAAAACUCUCAGACUUGUCAGCACUCUGCCAAUGGUGAACACUGCUGCCUUGACCAGUCUGGACCAACGUCCAACCAACAAGGAACCCUACAAUGACACCAGUGUAUGCACAUUGGACACAGACUGAACCCCUGCCAAGAAGAUUUCUCCAUGCAGAGUUCAAUAAAAGUUCAUGAAGUCCUUCGCAAACUUAAAGUCCUUGAGAUCCGGCUUCACAGAAUUCAGGUCUAAUGUCUUGUUUAGUGUCUUCGUUGCUUUGUUGCCAAAUCCAUUAAGAGGAAAGCUGUCGUUAACAGACGUGACUGGUAAAUUAAUGAAACCAUUCAAAGUGGUUACUCAGUUAAAUUAAUUAUCAGUGGUCGAGGGAUAGACGUCUGAAAGGAGGCAGUGAGCAGCAGGGCGAAUUUCCUCGAU